AGAAAAGGCGGUCAGUAAAUGUUUUUUCCAAACAGGUUGGUCGACCACGUUCCCCUCGCCCCCCUCACCUGUCUCACGCUUCUCGUUUAUUCUCCCACAGCGCUCCGGACAACCCCAGUCCGCAGGGCUCUCGGUGUACCAGGUAGGGGCCGUACUCAGCCAGGGCUCGGGCUGACCUGAGUCAGGACAUGCACGGGGCGUGUGGUCAUUUCCAGAGCACUUUGUAUGUUCUGUGCCUAUGUUAUUGCUAUGUCAGAUGUCCAUGUGAGCGAGGCCGCCUCGUUUACAAAUGAGAAUGAAUGUGGCCUCCAUUUGAGUAAUUUUAAAAGGUGGAGGGCAAGAAGACAGAACCGAGCGCCCCUCCCUGUGGGAUGGGAGUGACUCACACUUAGAGUGAGGUCGCUGAGGCUGGAGGAGUGGGAGCGUUUUGUCCCGUUCCUGGCAAGAGAAGGGGUCAGAGUUGGACCCUGGGUGCCAUCAGGGGCUGCCCCUUACCCCCGCCCCCACCCCAGAGUUCUACCAAGAGCCUUUUGAUUUCCACUCCAACGUUUGACAAUGGGACAGCCUGUUUGGAAUCCCAGCUGCCCGGGGUGGUCUCGGGGGUCUUGGGUGGCCCCACUGCUGGUACCAUGUGCUGGUCCCACCUCUCAAUAACGGUGUGACCUUAAAUACAUUGCUUAACUUCUCUGAGUCUCAGCUCUUUUCAUGGCCUAAAUGGGGAUUAGGGGGGCAAAAAAAAGCAGCACAAAAAACACCCGCGUUUAUCUACCCCACAUGGCGCUUUUGAAGGCCAAAUGAUGUAACCACUAUGAAAGUGCUUUGUAAAUUGCUGUGGAAAUUGCGAGAUACUUAACACCAGGAGGCUGUCCCUCAUUAUCACAUGCCCAGCCUUGUCCCCCCCCCCCACCCCCCCACAGUAAUAACAGCUAGCACCCACUAGGUGCUGUGUGUUUGCACUCAAUAAAUAAAUUCCAGAAGAAAUAAAAACAGAAUUAAUUCAACAAACAUUUUCUGGACUGCCUACAAUAUGCCCCGCACACCAGGCCUGGAAUGUGAUACAAAGAUGAUGAAAACAAGUCUCUUGGAAGCUAAUUGGGGUCCUCGUUUGACCAGCACUUUCUUUCGUCCCCUUUUAAGCCAACCAGUUUUGUCCGGACGAGACAAAAACAACUCGGGCCGCUUUAGAGAAACCCGGCUUGGUGUAGACAAUAGCUCCCGGGCUUCUGAAAGGGGCUGAUUGGAUUAUGUGGCAAAUGAAGGUGGAAAGAUGACUUGGGAGGUGGCAAAUGAAGUGGGCGGAGAUCUGCUGUGAGUUAAUCCAGGCUAUUAGGAGGGACCUUUUGUCUUCCAAAGGCUGGCAGGAGCUUUCACCACUGGGUUUUACAUCCUUAAUGUAAGGACGCAUAAUUUAUGGUCAGUGAAAACUCAGGCCCCAGUGAGAUUUGAGUGGGCUGUAAAAUUGAGCGUCCUGCUACCAGUGAGUAAUUAUAGGGGACAUUUAUGUCUCCCUUUGCAGUUGGCAAAGGCCUUUUUGCAACCAUCAAUUCAUUUGAACCUCACAACUCCCUGUCCGGACCCCGGGCUGGCCUGUACCUCCUAGGGGAACAGAGGCUGUCAAGCGGCCUUCAGAUGAGGGCAUCUGAGGUGUCUGACAUGGUAAAGGGAGAGGAGGCCCCCCGCCCCAGCCCCUCCAGUCUCUCAGACCUGGCCCUUCGGCCGCAAGCGAGUCCCUCCAAAUUCCUAACUUUGCUUUCUCAGCAGCUUCUGAGCCUCCGGGCCUCUCCUGGCCUCCUUUCUAGCCUCUGUCUCUUUCCUUCCGCAGCCCCGCCUCCUGUAAAGCCUAUCUACAUUCGCUGUCUUCCUUCCUCACCUUCCGUUUCCCCUCCAACCCACCGCUUCGUGGUCUCCUCUGGUCCGUUGAACUCCACCAGCUCUAAGGUCUGCCCACCCAAGCGCUGUGUCCCGGCGAGUCCCAGGCUCGGCGCCCGUGCCUCCCCAGGCCCUGUGGCCCGUCUGGGGCUGCUCCCUGGCCUGUUGCUUCCCACACCUCUUCCCAUCCUUGCCGCCCCCACGAGCCACCUCCCUCCACUGAAAACCAGACGGCAGGAGCCCCGGCGGCCCCGGAUCGUGAACGCCUGGACAGAGGAGGUGGAGGAGCUGCCCUGGAGCAGCACGUCUUCCGGAGGGUCACCCGGCGUCUCGCGCCUGCCCCGAGCUGUGAUGCUGCCUGGAUUGGGCCGAAGCCAUCAUCUGGAAUCCUCCGUGGUCCAGGACCUCGAACCCGCCACCCCAGCACCCUCUAGCUCCAUAAUCGGCAAACUAGGAUGGAAGUGGCCUAGCUGGGGGGCCCUUCGACGGGCCAAGGAGAAAACGCAGGCAGUGGCACCAGCCUCUGAAGCCGUCUCCGAGCUCCAAUAAUCUUCGCUUGCCUCCCCCCUUGAAAUGUCCCAAUGGACAGACUUUUUGUCUUCAAAGCUUCUGGCCAAACCUCUUCAAGCUUUUUAUUGUUUGGGACUGGGACGCUUAGCAAUAGUGAUGGGUAGUUCCCUUUUUAUUUGCCUUGAAAGGCCAAAAUAUAUUUUUGUGUGUGUGACUAUAGACAAAGCCGUCUGCUUUCCGAUGAACUCUGUCCGUCGUCUCCCACCAGGGAGGUUGUAUAUGCCAUGUGUGUCUCUGUGUACUCUUGGGUCUUGAAACAGGUUUCUCAUAGGGAUGACCAUUCACAGGGGUCCCUGGGGAAGCGCCUGCCCCACCAGCGGGCCUGGGGAGCCCGACCCCUGUGUGCACAGGGUGUGGGCCCCGGGGUGGGGGUCUGGCUGCUCUAACGUGUGUUCUGCCUGUGCCUGCAUCCGCCAUGCUUACGUGUCAAGGACUGUGGGUUCUGUGCACCUUGGUGCUCAGCUGGAUGAGAGCGGGUGGGAGGUCAGAGUACUGUGAAUGCCCUACUGUUCUGGUUGGGAAGGCGUUUUGCUGGGCUCUGUUACCUGAUCCAAAGAAGCGAGUGGAUGAAUAAAUGAAUGCAGGCAUGAGAGAACGAAUAAACGAAUAAAUAGUGUAAAGGAGUGUACCCUGAAUGAGAUCCAGCUGGAUACGUAGGAGAUCAAUAGAUAAGUCGAUGAAGCAUGAAAUCAGUAUGUAAAUAGGGCCAUGCAGAAACCGGUAUCUGGUUAUCCUGGACUAAGGCACACAAGCAAUACAAAUGCAUAGCACCUAUCGCUUGUCCAUAAAAGAAGAAACACCUACAUGACAGAAAGAAAGAAUGAGGAGUCUGGAUGUGUAAACCAGGGGUGAGGCUGGGAAGGUGAGGCCCAUCAAAGUGAACAGAUGGGAGAGAGGGUACCAGGGAUCGAAAGCGGCAAGGAAAAUGGAAAGAUGCAAAUUAAUAUGUAAAAAAUAAGGUAACUUUUAAAAUUAGGGGGUGAGAAAAAUACUCCCCAUAAGGAGGACUAUGUCAGGUUAUUAUAAGCCAAGCAUUAGGAUUAAUCCAAAUACGUGCUCUUGGCAGUAGAAAAAAAGAGAAAACACCAGAGGAAGAGUUCAAAGAAUAGUUAAAAAUGAAAAAAGACCCAGGGAACCAGAGAUGAGAUUUAACUUUAACCCAAAGUUUUCUAAUUCUGGUCACACAUAAAUAAAGACUGAAAUGAAAGAAAGUUAAAAAAAAAAAGAGAAAAAAAUGACGGGAAGGAUGAGUGAGCAGUGGACAUACCUGGAUCCAGAAGGGAGCAUGGCAGAAAGGGUUUUGAGUCAUCCAAUCCUGCAAAGUGAGGUCUGUUCCAUGAAAGGAUUAAAAAGGAGAAUAACAUAUCUAAAUAAAAAUCUAGAAAUAUGGAAGAAAAAGUAACAGGUGUGAAGUCCAGAAAAAUAUUAGUGGGUGAAUAGAUGAACGUACAAAAGAAGGCGGUGCUAGCAGUUGAGUAACAGACACUCACGAAUCGAGGGCUGUGGUUAGUCCGACCCUGAAAGCCACAGGACUAUCAAAAAACAAUAAAUAUCUCAAUAAACGAGUGAGCGAGCAUCUAAAGAGACAGAGACAGCAUGCAGUGAGGAGCGGGAGAGGCCGUGGUCACACCAAAGCUCCAGGAAGAUGAAAGAAGACAAGUGAGAAAGGAGGAGAUGUGCAAAGUUGCAAUGAAAAGAGAGAGAGAAUAAAAAAAGGCGAUAAAUGAGUAGAUCCUUGGAAGAAGGCGAGGCUAAGAAUCCACACUGGAUCAGAAUGGGUCAAAAUCUGAGCACGCACUCCAUUAGUAGAGGAGUAAAUACCUAAUAAAAAGAAAAACAAAAACAGGAAGGAAGAAUGGUGUGAAGGAAGGAAAGCCAGAAGGAAUGAAUGACUGAGAGGCGGAGCUGAAGGGCCCAGGGGUGCUGUUCGCAGGUGACAUUAGGCUCCAUCAGGUCGUGGCACCUGAGCUCCAAAGAAUACAAGAAAGAGAGAGAGUAAAAGAGAGAAACAGUGAAACUGAAAAUGGGAAAGAAACGACAAGUCAGAAGUCAGAUUAGAAAUGCAAAAAGAAAAAGGAAUGUACUAAUAGAUAAAUGCAUAUGUAAGAGAGAGGUGUUCUAGGAGUAGGAAUGUGAGGGGGCGUGAACCAUGCCCACGGGUGAAUUCACAUCCAGGCUUCUGAGAUGGCUCACCACCCACCCAACCAGGAGGCAGGUCAAAACCGAAAUAAGUAACGGAGGCUAGGGAGGGGAGGACCCAUUGCUUGUAGAUUAUCAUGUAUCCAAUUAGGUACCCUGCCAUCUAGAAGUGUAAAAACAAUUAUCAAAGAGAAAGGAAGCCUGAAUGGGCACAUGAAUGCAUGAAUGACUGAGAAAAAAAAAUUGCAGUGACCAAUGAGGCUGAUGUUGCGAGGCGUGUUAGGGUUCAGCCACUUCCUGGUGCCCAAUCUCCAAAAGAAAGACAGGCAGUAAGAAAAAAGCCUGAAAGACUGGUAGAAAAGAACAAUUAAUUAAGAUGGGAGGGAAAAAAAUAAAAAGUUUUUAUAAAGAAGUAAAAAAAGAUAAUAAGUGUGUGAGAGGGACCUGGUUUAGCACAGAUCAUCCACAUUCAUUCAGAUGUCUGGCCCCAGAGUUGAUAAAUAGAAAAAAGAACAAUAGCGUAAAUAAAAGCCUGAAGGAAUAAACACACCCGUUCCACGAGAAGGCAAGGAAAGGAGUUUGAAAAAUUGAAGGGGAGAUGGGGAGAAAGAAAGAUGGGAGAAGAAAUGAAAAUAGACGGAUGGAAGAAAAAAGGCAGUUCCUGGAUAAGUACUUAAUAAACAUAUUAUUCACUAAAUAUAAAAACUAGUAAAAGCUGAAGUUCAUCAGAAAGAAAGAAUAAAUAAGGGGAUGGCUGUGUGAAUGAAUGAAUGAGGAAGGGGACUUUGAUGAAUUAGCCUCUGCACCUGAGGCUCUUGAGAAUCAAAGAAUGCCAAAAGAGCCAGAGAGGACAGAGGAGGGGCAUAGACAAUUAAGACAAGAUGGAUAUUAGCAAUAAAAACAUAUUUAAUGAAUAAAUAUGUACAUAAAUUACGAGAGAGAGGGCCAUGCUAGAACAAAAAGAUGAGAAGGCACCAUGCACCAGGAAUCGUGAGUGAUUCAAAACUGGGCUCCUGAGAGAGUGAAAUAAGUCCUCCCGCAAAUCACCAGUGUAAGGAAUUAAUGAACCAAAGGGGCCCUACAUGGACUGGUGCUGAGAAGGCUCGAGGAACCACAGAUAGCUAGGUAAUCCAAUUCUGUGCACCUGAGGUCCAUAAGUGAAAGAAUAAAUAUUGAAGUAAAAGAGUGACAGAAAGAAUGAAUGGACCCAUGAAUGACUGAAUUCGUGAUAGGAAUGCCUGAGACGGCCCAUGGGAUUGUCACUCAUCUCACCCCGCACACCUGAGGUUCCUAAGAGUGAAAGAGAAGCAGAGAAAGAAAUGGGGCAAAACAAAACUUAAGUGAAAGAGAAAGGUUGGGGACCCAGCAGAAAGGUAGUGAAGAUGUGGGUGUGUUGGAGAGAAGGGUCUGUUAGGAAUAGGGGUGAGGUGUUCAUCAAUCCUAAUGAUGGAUAAGGUCAUCCAGUCCCCUUUCUAGGGCAAAGGAGGAUGGAGAGAUUAAAAAAGAAGCAGCAGCAAAAAAAAGAGAGAGAGAAAAGAAAGACAGUAAACCAACUACCAAAGUGAUAAAUGGUUCAUUAAGAGAGGUUGUCUGAACAGGAAUGAUAAUUAGUUUACAUACGACUCCUUAAAUAGAUAAAAGCAUUACACCUUUCCGAGAAUAAAUGAAAAAUAGACCAAACACCCAGCCCCAAGACAAGGCUGCACCUCCAGCCUUUUAUUAUCUUUAUAUCAUAAAAUAUAGGCAACGGAGGUCCAUAAAUAAAAGAAUAAAUAGCAAAAUGUAAAAGGUGACUAGUGGCGAGGAAGAAAGAUUGCAAAGGCAAGUAAGCACAUAGGCUGAUGAUGGUUAUUUUGCACGUGGAGUUUUGACCGCUAUAAUCAUUUCCCAGGAUAAGCCAGGAUAAGAAUGAAAGGCAGGGCAAAUGCGACACUGCAUGAGUGAAUGAAUGAAAUGGUGUUGCUUGGACCAGGGGUGUUGCAUGUGGGAUCCUGACUCAUCCUUCUUCACCUGAGUUUGUAAGAAUGAAGGAAUGAAAGUAAGCGUGAGAGAAAUAAGAAAGCAGAAAUGGAAAUAAUGUGUAAACAAAGAAGAAGGGAGACCUUCAUGAACCAAAGGCUAUGAUUAAAGUCAUGCUGUUGAAGUCAGUAGGUAAAGGCAUCAAAUCUAAAUGGAUGAGUGAAUGAAUGGAAGAAAUGGAUGCAUGGAAGGAAGGGAGGAAAGAAGGCAAAGGAAGAAGGGAAAUGAAGGAAGAGAGGGAGGGAAGGCUUCCUGUUUGGGCCCCGGGUUCCCAGCAGCUGGAUGGAGUGGGUGGCCCUUGGCAUGCGGUGUGCUUGUGACGUGCAUUCCCUGGCGGGGCGGGGCUGGCCCAGGGGGGCCCUUGCCUGGAGGGCCCCUGUCACAUCCUGGCUGUGGGGGCCAUUUCACCUCAUUGCUCUCCUUCCGUUUUCCCCAUGUGUAGACAUGGAAUGGCAUCGACUCCCCGCUUGGGUGGAUCGUGGGGGCAAAUGCUGCCCUGCCUGUUGGCAGUGCCCCAUCUAGAGCCCGGGAGAGGCAGAAGGGCUCAGGCCCCGGGUGCCUGCAGAAGGUUGCGGGAACAGGGGAUGUUGGGCCAGGUGGGUGUCCUGGCCCCUCCCUGGGCAUGGGUCAUCUGUGGGGGAGGCUUUUCCCGCCAGGGGGCAGCAGAGGGUCAGGGAGCAAGGGGCCCUGGGUGGAGCGUUGUCCUGGUAGGGGUGCCCCCUGCCUCCAGGGCCCGCUGUGCUGUCCUGGGGCGGGGUGGGGGGGCGCCCUCAACUCCAGGACCUGUGCAGGGGAGAGGCGGGUGGGAAGGGGGCCGGCACGGCCUCAUCACAGAAACCUUGUUCCCGCAGCUUUCUGAAACAUGUCCGGGAGCCCUCCAGCGGGGUCUUCCGUGGGUGGGCUGCCAUCCAUUCCCAACUCGGGGUGUCCUGGGGCAGGUGCAUCUCAGCCCGGGGUUGGCAGAAGUGGUCCCAGGACCCCGCCCCCUUCCCCUGGCAUCCCCAGAGCCCGUUUCAAGGCCUUGCUACCUUCUCAAUUGUUUUGCGAUGUACUCUCUGUAUUUUGGCAAAAAAAAAAAAAAAAAAAAAUGGCCUUUGCAUGAUGUGUUGUUAAACGCGUCUUCUCUCCUCCCGCUCUGCCCCCACCCUGCCCCUCGUUGGGGCUGUUUGUACUGAUAAUUUCGAAUCCCAGGGACUCCCUGGUUCUGUGUAGUCUCUUUUUUUCUGUAUUGGUAGGAUUUGUGCACCUGUCUGUGGUGUGCUGUGUCUGUCUAUCAAUCCAAGGAUCAAAGUCCCUCUCGACUUCUCGAUUCCAGUCUGGGACAUUAAAAAAAAUAAAAAAAAAUUGGAUUCCUAACCAGUGCCCUGAACGUGAGGAGCCCAGUUGGCUGGACCCAGGAUUCGUGGCUGGGAGCGCGGGGAACCCCAGGGGUGGAGUCUGGUGGAGGUGGGGCUGGAGUGUUGCCUGGUGGGCAGGGCUGAGGGCUGGUUAUCCCGCUAGGAGUGACUUUGGGCCCUGGGUGGGGACAGGGAGUGGUCGGGGUAGGGUGGCGAGGGGUGGGGUCCGUGGUUCUAGUCCAGCCCAGCAAUGCCCCCAGGAGUGCUCAGAUGUCAGGUGGCAGGGAGGCGGAGAAGCAGAAGCCACGGCUACAGAUAGGGUGCAGGGAGGGAGCCAGGGGGCUCAGGGGCAACCUCUGCGCUCUUAGCGCGGGCCCUGAGUGGAUGCAGGUGGCCUUUAGGAGACGGAGGAAGCAGAGUCACGUGUCAGGAGCUACCCUUCCGUGCCUCCAGUGCCACGUGUCUGGGCCACGUGAGCAGGGCUUUGUGGGCCUGAGGUGGUGCUGGGGCUUCAGGGCUCUGUUCUCUUCUCUUUUGGAAUCUGGGGGCCCGGGUUCUGCCUGAAGCCUGGGGUGGGGGGUGGCACACUUCUUAACCCCAAAGACAGCUACUCAGAGAAGGGUCCCCAAAGAGCCCCCCAACCACCCCAGGCGUCAUUGCAUGGGCCGGAGUGGGGGUCGGGGGAGCUUGGGGCAGGAAGAACCUGGGAGGGUCUUUUUGAAGAACCUGCGUGUGGUUGUUUUAAAAGGCAGCUGAGGGUUAGAAGACAGAGAAAGUGUUAAGUGUAGAAUGGGAGGGGAUCACAGCCCAGUUCGCAGAGGAGAUGGGCAGGAACAGAAGCAGACCCCUAAGGAGAGGGGCCUCCUCCCGGGGACCGAGGGGCUGUCCAGGGUCAUGUGGGUGGAAAUAGGCCAGUGGGGGAAUGUCCCAGGGGGAGGGUGGGUUGGGAUUGGGUGAGUUCUGUCCUAGGAAUGCUGGGGACCUGAGGGUCCCUGGGUCAGGGUUUCUGAAGGUCUCCAGUUCUGGGACGCUGGGUUUCAGCCCAGGACUGCAGAAGCCGGGGAUGGAAGUUCCACAUGGGCCCCCAUCUGGUUCUGUCCGUGCCCGACCCACGAGGUCCAAGGUUGGGUUUCAGCGCUCCUCUCUGAUCACGGCCUGUCUCAAGUGCGUGCUUCUUUUCCCUUUUCAAAGAAAGAACAAAUUUUGUCUGUUGACUUUGACCUUUGCAUGCACCCCUUGCACAAAUCCUUCCCUUCAUGGUACCAGGAGCUACAAGUCUCCUUGGAUUUUUGUAUGACUCCCAACUCAGGGAGGUUGGCCUUGGGGCUGGCCUGCCAGAGCGUGGAGGGUGGAGGCUGGGCGUCUGGGGCAGAUGGGCCAGAGGCCCUGUUGUGAUCUUACUGUAAAUGGUGUGGAUAGCACAUGAGCUGGAGCAGAUCACGCAUCAUUUGACAUAUAGCUCAUCUUUAUUUCUCCCCUUCAGAUUCUGUUUAUUCUGCACACAAUUUUUUUAAUGGACAUCUAAUUUUUUAAAACGAGCACCCAUUUUUUUAAACCCAAUUGCUAUUCUUCACCACAUACACUUUUUUUUUUUAAAUUUUUGCAUCCCACCUUUUCCAUAUUCCGCUGUCAACAUUUUUCUUUCUUCCAUAUACUUCAUCACCUCCCUGGCUGCCUUGUGUCUCAUUGAGUGGCUGUGUCAGUCAUUCACCACAUCAACCUGCUGUUAUUACUCUUGCUAUGCAUAAUUCAUCUUUUUUAAUGUUACAAAUUAUGCCACAGCUAAUAACUUAGCACACCCCCCUUUUUUCAUUCUUAUGAAUUAUUUUCCCACACCUAGAAGUGAUCUUUGCUUGGUAGUAUGUCAAUUUCUCCUGCUAGGCUGUGAACCCUUGAGGGCAAGGAGCUUGUUGCAUUGAUCUUUGUAUCUCUAAUGCCUGAAAUGUUGUAGAUACUAAAUGUUAGAUGAGAGGAUAGAAGGGUGGAUGAAGAUGUGAGUGAGUGCCUGGUUGGCUGUUGGAGGAGAGGAUGGGAGAAUGGAUGAAUACAUGGAGUGGUGAAUGAACAAAUGAAUUUUCUGGUGUGGAGUUUCUUGAGGAAAGGCCAGGAAUUUUUGUAUGACUACUAAUUUCAGAAGGCUUGUAGCAUUUUAUGAUGUCCAGCGAUGUAUUAGCAUUUUGUUAAGAUGUUGCUAAUUUAUCUCUGUUAAAAAGUGUUUUUUCUGUCAUUUUAACUUGCACUGCUUUGAUGACUAAUGACGGUUGAACUUUUUACUGUGUUUGUUAAAAAGAAUUGCAUCUUCUGUGAACUGUUUGUCCAAGUCCGCUGGGUCAUGGCUUUGUGAUGAGACUGGCCAAGGAUGGAAUGAGGGUCCUUGGGAUGUAGUGAGCCCUUCAUCCCUGGAGUCAUUCAAGGGACAGGACAGGCAGAUACUCGAUGAGGGUAGCUUCAAGGAGAUUCAAUUAGUAGGAGUGGGGUUGGCCUAGGUGACCCUUCAGGUCUCUUUGACUCUUCCUGGAAAAUAUGCAUUGGGAUGAUAUUCUCCCUUUGGCAGCCCAGUGAUGUUUAAGGCGGCUUCUCCUGGGUGGGUUUGUGCAUUUAUGUUUUAUAAACUCUCAACUCACCCUCUGUAACUCUUGUGGUGCAGGAAUCUCUUUGACCCUCCAAGGUCCAGACAACUGUGCCGCCAUCUUGAAUAGUUAAGUGGUGGCCUUCCUGCCUCUACCCCCUGGCCCCAUUUCACUUUGAGGAAGACAACCCCUUGGAUCACCACUUGCCACCUCUCAGGGAAAUCAGCUGAGGCAGUCUGCUGCCCUUCAUGUUCCUAGUGCCCUCUGAUGUGUGAGCCACUGUCCCGUUGGCCUCCAUGGUGGUCUUUGGGGUUUAAUUAAAUAUGUCAGAUUAGGUCAGAUAGUGAAUCUGCCUUCAGAAAUGGGGCAACUCAAUUCCAUGAGCCAAGGAGUAGAAUGGCCCCCAUGUUCUCCUUGGGCUUCCCUCAUGGUCCACCCCAGGGGUAGCCAGGUCUCAGAAGUCAUCAUGGCCAUUCGGGAAGGGCACGUGACCCAAGAAGGCUCGCCCCUGCUUUCCAGAAUACCCUCUGCUUGCAGUCGAGGGAAGACCCUUCUACUAUACUAUAGACCGUCUACUAUAGCACUGAGCGCUGUUUGCCUGUGUCAGAAUUUCUCACCCACAUGUUUGGGAGGCCAGUGACGAUUCCCAACAUUACUUGGAUCCAUCCAUCCAUCCAUCCAUCCGUCCAUCCAUUGCAUUUGGCCUCUUGACCUAGUGCUUUGGCCUUUCCCUUUCCUGAAAGCAAACCUUUUCCUUGUGGGCAGGCUGUGUAGCGCCAUGGGCUGUGGUUAUGAAGUGAACGCCCUUACUUGUGGCUUCUUCCUCCGGGGUCACUGCUCUGAGCAUGUCCCAGCUGGAUGUCAUCUGCCACAUCACCCACACGGCUUCCUUCCCCAUGGCGCGUUCCCAUGCAUCACACACUGCGAGGGAUCCAGGGCCCGGGGGCCCAGGGUGGCCCCCGUCCCCACCCGUGAGUGGAGAUGUCCCCCCCACCCCCAGGCCACCUUGCCUGGUGCAUGGUCCCUGCCAUGAGCUUUGCCCUCAGCCUCUCCGCUUCCUCUACCAGAUGACAGUGGUUGUAACUCAUCCUUCCAUCCCUCCAUUCACUCCACUCCCAGCCCGCAAACAUUCGAAAAGGUCAGCUGGUGCUAUACUAGAGCUGGGUCACAAGGUUGCAUUCCGAUACCCCCUCUCGAAAGAAAAGAUGAGCGUGUUUGCUGGGGGCUAGUCACAAGGCGGGAUCCUUGACUCGGCGUGCCCACCCCUCGGCCAGAGUUCUGUCGAAAUUUUGAUUGCCCUCUCCAACUUUGUUCCUCCGCAAACUGGGUUGAUUAGUAAUCAGCAAGCUGUGUUCCCUGGGUGCUCAGAAAUCAUAGCCCAGAGUCUCAAGAGGCCAGAAUGAUAGCUGGAGUUGGGGGGGGAGUCUGAGACAAACAGCUGAUUCUGGCCAUGAGCAGGAUUUCGAGUCAUUAGGACAUCCUCAUCUUGCACGAAGUGCGAGUUUCAGAGUCCUUCCUGUCCCUUGGAGAUUGGUUCAUUCUGGGCUCUAUUGAGAGAAAAUUGGGGGAGACAAUUGCUGGUUUGGAUGGUGAGGGUCAUGCCCCCCUGUGAGGUCUGCAUAGAACAAUCUAUUGGGACAACUGGGCAUCCGGGCCGCCUGGCGCUUGGCAAACCCGGGAUGCAUCCGUGAUCCAGGUCCCCAGCCAGGCGGGGCUUCCCACCUUAGAUCUUGGGGGCUCUCCUGGGAAUUCUGCGUUUGACUUACUGCCUUGGACAGUGGGUGUAAUGGACAAAGCCAGGACCCUGGAGCUGGACAAGCAUGUGGUUUAAACUCAUGAGCACAGCCGAGUUCUGUCUGCUGGGCAGAGCAUGGCACCCACCUCGCAGGGCUGUUGUGAGGAUCUGCUGUAACCAGAGUUUUGAACUGUGAUCCUGUAGGGUGGUGCGCGUGCCCCCGGGAGUAGGCGGUGGGUGGUGGGGCGACAGGUGAGGAGGGGCAUCCUGAUUGGGGCAGCUUAGUGGGCAAUUUUUCUAGCAAGCACAUAGUGGGUAUUAUGGGACCGAAUGCUGAAUUCGUAUGGCAUUCAAAAGGUAGGUAGGAGUAAUUUGGGGGUUAGGGUUAGGCUGGGGAAUGGGGAUCGCUCUGGGCAAUGUCCUGGACCCCUGGGGUACGCGUUCACACCCACCUCUGGAAUAGGUUGUAUCUUGCCUACCACUGUGUCUGGCCUGUGGGCGGCACUUACCCUCCAUAAGAGACCCCUCCCAGCAGUAUCCUGCCCGCAAAAUAUUAGGCACCAGUUGUCAAAGACACUACCCCCCACCUCCCCACCCCCUACUGCCCAAUGUCCCCUCUUCCCCUUCUCGACAUUUGGGCUCAAAUGUCAGCCGCCUGGGUGCCUAACACAGUACCAGGCCAGUGGUAGGGGUUGCCUUCCAUUCCUGUCGGAAGGAUGGAUGAGUAGAUGGUCAAAUAACACAACUGUAACCCAGUGUAAGCAGCGAUCGUUUAUAACCUUGACUAAGAGAUUGUCCUCCGCUCCUGAUUAACCUGUUAACCAGUUACUGUAUCUUACGGACCUUUGUAUGAUAUAUGUUGUUCGAAAACCAGGACUCUGGUUUCAGAUGUCACUUGGUGGAACUUUCGCUGUCCGAUGACCGAGUCGAUGUUCUGUGUUAGAAAUGAGAAUCUGGCUAACGUGUAACUAACCGUGCACUGUCGGUCAAGGCACUUCCCUCUGACCGUCGGUCUUCUUUUGGUCUCCUUUUUUCUAAGCCGUGGGUCACCGGAAAGCUUACCUCACAGGGUUGUUGCGAGAGCUCAGGGUUGGGUGAACUUUAACAGCGUUCAUUAAAUGCUGGCUGUCACUGAAAGUGAUCAUGUGUUGGGGGCUGUCUGGAAGGGAGCAGGGAAGCUUUUGCUAGUUCUAAAAUGAAUAAAAAGUUGGUCUUGACCUUACAAUAAGAUUGUAUUUCCGACAGUCACUGGGAUGUGUGAGACAGAGGUCAAGUGGCCUGAGAGUGUUCAGCGAUGCAGGUCCAGAGUAAAUACUGGCUCAGUUAAUGAGUGACGGCUUUUCUCCUUCCUUGGAGGCUCCUUUCCUCUCCCCGCCCUCCCACCCUGGGUGGCUGUUUGUCAUGCGCAGGUGACUGUUCCUGCCAGGUCUGUGGAGUGACUUUUGUGAGUCCCCCAAGGGUAUUUGUUAGUGGGGAGGAGCAAGGACAGUUUAGACAGAGCCCAAGGAGGGGUUUCUGGGUAACAUCUUAGGGACUAAAACACCCUCUUCUGCCCUUUAGGGGAAAGGCUCCUGCUCAGUUGGCAUGCGGGCCCAUUUAACAGAUGAGCGAGUUGUGUCCAAGCCAGGAUUGAACAGUCUUCCAUGAAAAGCCAGAGGGUGCUCUCUCAAACUCAGUCAAAGCAAGCCCUCCCGGUUCUGCGGCUGGUCUCUGCCAGCCCAAAUGCGCCCCAUUGUGUCCCUGGCCACACCACGUGCCUAGCAGUGCCCCCGUGGAGCUUCAGUGGGACCUGGAAACUUGGCCGAAUUAGAUAUUGCCCCUCUUCCUGCUCAGGAGACCUCCCCUUGGGGUCAUUGUGGAUCCAGGGGUCUCCACGAGUCCACGGAAUUCCUUUCCUGGCCCUUGUCUCACAUGUGGACAGCAGGGUUCUGCAGAACACCCCCAGAUUCCAUUCCAGGUGGGCUGGAGUCGGGGGUCUCCUCUGGCCCCUCCCCCUGCAGAAACCUCCCUGGCCCCCUCAUUUGGCCUCUGGCUUUCACAGCCUCAGUGGGCUGUGUCCACACGUGGCCACCCUGUGUCCCUGAGAACUUUUUGGAAGCUCCCGAGGGGAUCCCCAGGUAGAGACAGGUGGCUAGGGCCCUCCUCCCAGGGGACUGUGUGUAGGUGUCUGCUCCUGGACGGUCCUCAGGCCUGUGUGCCCAGGGGUGAGGAGUGUUUUCAGGGCCUUGUCCUCCUGAGCAGGGCAGGCCUGGGUCCUCGUCUCCAGAGGGCAGGGAGAAAGCUGAGGCUCAGUGAGGGUUAGGGUUUCAAGUCAGGGUCAGGGUUCUCAGUGAGGGUUAGGGUUUCGAGUCAGGGUCAAGGUUCUCAGACCCCCGUCCCUGACUCUGAAACGUAGGCUUCUCUGACCCUGAUAGUCCUGCUGCCUGUGUAGUAGGCGCUUAAUAGAUGGUCACUGAUGGGCAAGUGGGGUUUUAGUGGAUGUGAAAAGCUGAAUUGACUGUUGGCCGAUGGACACAUUGACUCUGCAUGCAUUUCUGUAAGAGGAAAGAGGGUGUUUCUUGGCAAAGACUUUCCAGGGCAGACCCGGAGGGUCUCUGUCUGAAGUGGGGGCUCACCCUGGGGAAACUUCUGGAUGCAAAUAGCUAUCUUCUGACUGUUUCUGGAAAUGUUUAUAUCUAGAAUAAAACUUUAUUUGGGCUGAAAAAAUGUACUCCUAUGUGUUGUGGUCCAAGUGAUUUUUAAAAAAUGUUGUUGGCACGUAGCUGAUACUGUGUUAUUUUCUUCUGUACAGCCAAGUGACUUGGUGUUACAUAUAUAGUCUGUUUUCAUAUUCUUUCCCACUAUAUGUUAUCACAGAGUAUUGAAUUCGGUUCCUUGUGUUACGCAGUAGGUGGUCCAGGCGGCGUUGCCAAUGUGGCGUUUGGCAGGUCCCUGGUGGCAGAGGUGUUCUGGCCACGCCCUUGCCUACUCUGGGUCUCAGGAGCCCUCGCUCUGGGGGAGGGGAGGUCUUUGACCUGAGAAGUCUUUAUCCUCACCAUUGGUGACCGUCCGCCUUCGCCUGUGAGGUACAUGCCUGGUCUGAGAUGCCGCCUGGUCACCCAGCAAAUGAGGGGGGAUUGGAUCCCAGACCUUGAUUCCUUUCUUUCACUCUCUGGUCUCCCCACGCUGGGGCUCGGGGGGCAUGGGCAUCUUACCCGCUGGAGUUCUGGUGGUGGCAGCACCAUUUGCCAGUGCAGUAGCCUUGAGGGGUUACUUGAACCACCCCCAGCCUGGUCCCCGCUCUGUAGAAUGGGUACAUAAUGGCAGUGUCUGCUCAGGGGCUGCUGGCUAACCUGUCUCGAUGGGCCCCGUACACUGGUCCCGAGAAUCAAGGUCUGACAUUCAAAGCUAUCUAAGCACCUAUGUGUAUGCCUGGAUGGGUUUGUUCACCUGUAAUCUGAAAAUAGACACGUCUGCCUGGCGUGGUUAUUGUCGGGUUCGAGGAGGUUGUUUAUGUGAAAAUCAGUGCUUUGUUACCUGGCCUCCGGUUUGAGGUUGGCCACAGCACCCUGCCACCUGUGGGUCCUGAUCACAAAAACCCUGUGCUUUCUGGAACUAUGGUGGCCCCAGAAACUGCUGGGCGGAGUGGAGGGUGUCAGGGGAGCACCCGGCCAGCCUAGGGGACGCAGUGAGGGACAGGAAGCUUUGCUCUUCAAUAGAGAGAUGUAACAGGUUCAGAGGGGAGGGGACUGAGGUCCAGGUAGGCAGAAUCAGGGAGAAUUUUCAGAAACCCCCAAAGGAGGAGUAGGUUCCCAGGGGGCUCAGAUGGUAAUGAAUCUGCCUGCAAUGCAGGAGAACCGGGCUUGAUCCCUGGGUUGGGAAGAUUCCCUGGAGAAGAGCAUGGCAAUCCACUCCAGUAUUCUUGCCUGGAGAAUCCUAUGGACAGAGGAACCUGGCAUACAGUCCAUGAGUUUGCAAAGAGUCAGACACGACUGAGUGACUGACACUUCCUCUUUCAGAGGGGGAGGAAGCUGGUAGUUUAGAAAAUGCCCUGGUCUAAUUGGUAAUGGCUUGGACAGGAGAGCUGGGGAGGUUUCUCCCAAGGCCAGGAGAUCUAAAUUUUGGUUGGUUAGGUGAGGACCAUUGGAGUUACUGGUGCAGGAGCAUGUGAUGCUUCUGGAAAUUACAGGAGGAGGAGACCAGGGAGGGGGUGAUGUGAAGGGUACCAGGUGGAGGGCAAGAGCUGGUGGCUGGGUGCUCCUCUCUCCCUGUCUGGUCCAGGCCCCGAGCAUCCCUUCUCCUAAAUGUGUCUGCCCCUCGCCUCCUGUCUGCCUGUGUGCUUAAGAACUCUUGUCAGCCUGUGAGCCCGGGAGCGGAUGGCCUUCAUCUGCGCCUAUGUCUCUCUCAGCCUCCACAGCCACAGGGGACACCUGCACGCGUUCCCACGGGACAGGCUGGACCUAAAGACUCUGGACCUGGGCCGACCCCCUUGUGCAGAGGGGCGUGUCCUCCCCGCCUCCCCUCCCUCUGACUGAUGGACUUCACUGAUCUGAGUGUCAGACACGCGGGCCGGACCCCCUCCCCGCCCCUCAUGAACCCUGAGACUUGGGGGAGCGCCGGGCCUUGCUGUCCACAUCUGAGAAAUGGGCUCAGACACCUACCUCACAGGGCUGUUGUGAGGAGACUGUGCCAGGGUCGGAAAGCACCCUCCCCCGGUGGCGGGGGCGGGGCUUGGCACGGCCCAUUGUGCUCUCAAUAAAUAUGUUUCUUGUCUUAACAAAAACAGCGAUGGAUGUGCUACUAAUCUGAGGAGGGGUGAAUGUCGGGAUGCUGUCUGGCUGGGGGCUUCCCGUCACCUUGGGCCCGUGUGAUGGUGGGGUGGGGGAGCCAGCUCGGGUCCCAGGAAGCCACCUGUUCCCUGCCUGUCGGGCACUCAGGGGCGAUGGGCGGCCCAGAAGCAAAGUUGGCCCACUGGGCUCCUGAGGCAGAUGCAUGUUGGGAUGAACUAACCUGGGUUGGUCCCCUUCUUCUGCUGGUUUUAGGAUGCCAGGUUUCUUUCCAGAAAGGCAUGUAGACAGGAGAUGGAGGAAGUCUGUGCAGGUCCCUGGAGCCCCAGAGGUGCUGCUCCAGGCCUGUGAUUCUUCCUCCCAUUUCUCACACAUCCCCAGGGCCCUGGCAGGGGGCCUGGUAGAACAGUCGUAAUGCUUAAACCGAUGGUGAGUGGACUGCCAUGCGGUCCAGCCGGGCUGUGACCCAGGGCCAACAUUCAUCCCACCAGUUGGCUUCUGAGCAGGUCUCAAGGGCCCGAAAAAGUAGCUCCUGAGUUGCAGUCCCUGCCCUCUGGCAGGGAGGCACCCCCUGCACCCCCGUGGCUCAGCUCAGGAAGGUCAGACCAUUGACCAGCAGUAUAUGGCUGGAGCCGAAUGGGGACAGAGGGGGACAAGUGCUAGGGA